AUGGAGAUUUUCAUUAAAAUGAAAACCAAAAAGGAAAAGCAGAAAAAUAGGGAAAAGCAAAUUUUACUAUUUUUCAACAAUAAACCGGCUGCUUUUGUACUGAUUCAAAUUCUGAUUAAAAGCAACGUCCAGAGCAAAUCCAUAGCCUAUGAGGGCUGUGUGAUACAAGCAUCUUUUACUUAUCUCUUUGCAUGUCUGGACAAUAUGUUUCUUACUGUGAUGGCUUAUGACCGGCUUGUGGCCAUCUGUCACCCCCUUCACUACACAAUUAUUAUGAACCCCCGACUCUGUGGCUUGCUAGUUUUGGUAUCUUUUCUUAUCAGCCUUCUGGAUUCCCAGCUAAACGUGUCAAUGGUGACACAACUUACCUUCUGCACAGAUGUGGAAGUCCCUAGUUUCUUCUGUGACCCUCCCAAACUCCUUAACCUUGCUUGUUCUGACACUUCUACAUAUACCAUACUAGUGUAUUUUUUGGGUGCUAUCUUUGGUGGUGUUCCAGUCUCUGGGAUCCUUUAUUCUUACAUUCGAAUUAUUUCUUCCAUUGUGAGAGUCUCAUCUUCAGGUGGAAGCUAUAAAGCCUUUUCUACCUGUGGCUCUCACCUGUCAGUUGUUUGUUUAUUUUAUGGAACAGCAAUUGGGGCAUAUGUUAGUUCAACUGUCUCAUCUUCUGACAGGAAGGGUGCAGUAGUCUCACUGAUGUACACUGUGGUUACCCCCAUGCUGAACCCCUUCAUCUACAGCCUGAGGAACAGGGACAUAAAGAGAGCCCUAAGGAGGCUACUCAGCAGAACAACCUAA